AUGCCUCGAAGUAAGAAGAGUAAGGCCCGUGGUGGUGAUAAAUGCCCCCAAGCCCAAGGCGAGACCCAGAGUUGUGAGGGUGCUCAGGCCAUAGCAGCAGCAGAAGAGGAGUCCACUACCUCCUCUCUUCAGUGUGAAGGUAUUACCCAGAGUCUGCCUGGUGCUAAGUCAUGUAGCACUUCCCAGGAGCCUGAGAGAACACCGACCUUCACCACUUCUGCAGUCUUUUCUUGCACUAGAUCUAGUGAAGCAUUCAAUGGCCAAUAUGAGCAUAGGGUGUUUGCCUAUGAGGUCCCACCCUUCACUGAGACCCCAGGAACUGACUGUUUAACCAGAAGAGCUAGCUUGUUGGAGCAAUACCUUCUGUACAGGUAUAAAAUGAAGCAGCUCAUUAUGAAGGAAGACAUGCUGAAGAUUAUCCACCAAAGCCACCAUGACCAAUUUGCUGAGAUUCUCAAGAGAGCCUCUGAACGCAUUGAGCUAAUCUUUGCGGUAGAUCUGAAGGAAGUCGACUCAGUCGUUCCCUGCUAUAAUCUGGUCAGCAAGUUGAAACUCCCCAACAAUGGGAGGGUGCGUGGUGGAAGGGGCUUACCCAAGACUGGUCUCCUGAUGAAUCUCCUGGGUAUGAUUUUCAUGAAGGGCAACUGUGCUGCUGAGGAAGACAUCUGGAAAUCCCUGGGUACGAUGCGAGUAUAUGCUGGAAGAAAGCAUUUCAUCUAUGGAGAGCCCAGAAAGCUCAUCACCAAAGAUUUAGUGAGGCUGAAGUACCUGGAGUACCGCCAGGUUGCCAACAGUGAUCCUCCACGUUAUGAGUUUCUCUGGGGCCCAAAAGCACAUCUGGAAACCAGCAAGAUGAAAGUCCUGGAAUUUUUGGCAAAGGUCAAUAAUGCUGUUCCCAGUGACUUCCCCACUUAUUAUGAAGAAGCUUUGCGAGAUGAAGAGAAAGCCCAAGGCAUGGAUGCAGCCAAGCCUGACACUACUAUCAAAGUCAAUACACCUCCCAGGGACAUGCUCAAUAUUGUAUUCCCACCCAUAGUGAAGCAUGUGAAAUAUUUUCCCCCAGACAAGAAAAUAUAA